UCUUGGGGAACCAGCUUCUCCAGGGGUCUCCUUGGCUGAGCAGGGACCAAGCACCUGGGCAGGAUGAGACCGCUUUGGCUGUCUGUCAUGGGGCUCGCCUUCCUCUGCCUUCCCGCUGCCGCCUCUGAUGAGGCCAACCAAUGCAGUCCUGGGCAGGUUCUAGGGCACUGGUACAUCCAUGGCAUAGGCUCCAACUGUGAAUGGAUGGUGCAGUUUAUGGCUAAGGAGAUGAUGAGCUGCAACGUAACCAGCCAGGAGGAGGGAAGCUUCACGGUCGCUACCAACCUCACGACGGAAUAUGGGUCCAUGGACGUGGAGAUGACCUACACGAAACAGAAGGACGGGGUAUAUUUGCACAAAAGCGAAUGGGGGGACAAAAUCAUAGACAAGAGGAAGACGGAUUGCAAGACCUACGCCAUGACCAGUGUCAGAGACCUGAAGGACAAUGAGGGCGUAUUCUGCAUAUUUGUGUCACUCUAUGCCAGGGAGAUGUCCGUGUCCGAUUCCGUGAAGCAGUCCUUCAUAGACUUCGCUACGGAAAUGCAUAUCGACAGAGAGCAGAUAUUCCUCUUGGCCAGGAAAGAUGCCACUCCAAAAUCCGCCUAGCCAAGUCUGGUGGAGAAGACCUUAAUGCCAGAGGGACCGUUUCCAGGGUGAGCGCCCCUGGCUGGGGACGCCACUGAGAUCUGGAUCCCUUUGUCAGUGUGUGGCAAUGACAGAUGGGGGCUGGGACACCCAGAAGGCCCCUCCAGAGGGAUUCCCUUUUGGCUCCUGUGCUGCUUUCCCUGGAACAACCAGAGCAGAAGCAUCGGAAACUCCACCGCAGCAGCCACUCUGUGCAAUUUUGUCUUCACUAAAACAUAAACAUCCUUGAUGCUCUCCUAAUAAAUAGAUUCAGCAAAUGCA